GGGGGAGAAAGAUUAAAAAUGCAUUUUCGGUGAUUGUGAUUCUUACAUUCAAAGAUAGGUACACUUAUUGAACAUUCAUUACAAAAGUCCACAUUAAGAGUGAGAGAGAUGGGCAUGCCUGGAUCUUUGGGUCAGUGUUCAUGAACUAUGGUGGGUCGGCGAAGCAUAGUAUCUUUUGGGUUCUUGUUAUUGUUGCUGUUCGAAUCCACGUUAGAAAAGUCAGAGCCACUGAGUUCACACACUGAGCGAACUGCUCUGCUCGACCUCAGAUCGUCUUUAGGGUUAAGAAGCAGGGACUGGCCUCGAAAGGCCGAACCUUGCUCUAGCUGGCGUGGUGUGAGAUGCCUGAAUGGUAGAGUCAUUGGCUUGAACAUUUCUGGGUUUCCAAGAACCAGACUUAGCAGGCAAAAUCCACAGUUCGCUGUUAAUUCCUUGGCCAAUUUGACGCUCUUGUCUUCCUUUAAUGCUUCGAAUUUCUUGCUCCCCGGGGCGAUCCCCGAUUGGUUCGGGUUUCGAAUGGCGGCCAUCCAAGUGCUUGAUCUUCGGUCUUGUUCUGUUAAUGGUGCUAUCCCUUCGAGUCUUGGAAAUUUGACCAACUUAACUAGCCUCUACCUCUCUAAGAAUAACCUCACUGGGAAAAUCCCUGUUAGUUUGGGUCGACUGCUGCGCCUUUCAAUUCUUGAUCUUUCGGGGAAUUCUCUUAAUGGAUCCAUUCCCGCGUCAAUUGCAUCGCUCGGAAAUCUUUCUUUUCUUGACCUGUCUUCGAAUAACUUUACCGGGUCGAUUCCCCCGGGCAUUGGCACCCUAGUGAUGCUUCAGUAUUUGAAUCUUUCGGGCAAUACUUUCUCAUCUUCGAUACCUGCUCAAUUCGGGGACCUUCAAAACUUGGGUGACCUUGAUCUCAGCUUCAAUACUUUGUCCGGGUCGGUGCCCGAGGAUUUUAAAGGGUUGAGGAAUUUGCAAAACAUGAGAAUUGGGGAAAAUCUUCUUGGUGGGUCGCUUCCGGUUGAUUUGUUUGCUACUUUGACGCAGCUGCAGUCCUUAGUUCUGAGACACAAUGGUUUUACUGGGUCUCUCCCCGAUGUUCUGUGGUCAAUGCCUGACUUGCGUUUACUGGAUGUCUCUGGCAACAAUUUCACUGGCAUGCUGCCCAAUAGCUCGAACACGAAUGCCAUUUCUGCUGUACUCAAUAUUUCUCAGAAUAUGUUCUAUGGUGGUCUUACGCCAUCACUGAAAAGAUUCAGUUCCAUUGAUCUGUCUGGAAAUUACUUUAAAGGCAGCGUUCCAGACCAUGCAAGAAGUAACGCGUCUCUUGACAGCAAUUGCCUCCAAAAUGUGUCAAGUCAAAGGACUUUAGCAGAGUGCUCAUCGUUCUAUGCAGAGAGGGGUCUGAAUUUCGACAAUUUUGGACUUCCAAACUCGGCACAACCUUCUGAUGCAGGAAAUUCGAGGAAGAGCAAUAGAACGACAAUCAUAUUGGCGGCAGUUUUUGGGGGACUUGGUUUUGUGCUUUUGGUCAUGUUGUUCAUACUGUUGGUAGCGCGCACCCGUAAGAGGGGUGCCACAAAUCAAAGAGGGGUUGGUGUGGGGCCUGUUCUCCACAAGGGCAGUGAACCACCUCCUGGAUUAGUGAUUAACUUUUCGAGUCUAGGAGACACAUUUACAUAUCAGCAACUGCUUCAAGCCACAGGUGACUUUAGCAAAACAAACCUCAUCAAACAUGGCCAUUCAGGGGAUCUCUUUCGUGGUGUUUUGGAGAAUGGGAUCAAUGUGGUCAUCAAAAGGAUUGAUCUGCGCACAAUUAAAAAGGAAGCAUAUCUUUUGGAAUUGGAUUUUUUUAGUAAAACUUCACAUACAAGAUUGGUUCCCUUCUUGGGACACUGCCUAGAGAAUGAGCACGAGAAGUUCCUGAUUUACAAGUUCAUGCCGAAUGGAGACUUGUCAAACUCCUUGUACCGGAACAACAGUUCAGAUGAUGAUGGUUUACUGUCGUUAGAUUGGAUAACAAGGCUGAAAAUUGCAAUAGGAGCUGCGGAGAGUCUAUGUUAUCUGCAUCAUGAAUGUACUCCACCACUUGUACACAGAGAUGUUCAAGCAAGUAGUAUACUUCUUGAUGAUAAGUUUGAGGUGCGCUUAGGGAGCCUGAGGGAGGUCUGCACUCAAGAAGGGGAUACUCAUCAAAACAGAAUUACCAGAUUGCUACGGUUGCCACAGUCAUCUGAACAAGGUGCUUCUGGUCCAUUGACAGCAAUAUGUUCCUAUGAUGUUUACUGCUUUGGCAAGGUGUUACUCGAGUUAGUAACUGGUAAACUUGGUGUCAGCGCCUCUAGUGAUUCUCAAGUUAAGGAAUGGCUUGAAAAUGUAUUGCCAUACAUCAGUAUAUACGACAUGGAACUUGUGACGAAAAUUGUGGAUCCAUCUCUGAUUGUAGACGAGGAUCUAUUAGAGGAAGUUUGGGCCAUGGCUAUUGUUGCCAGGUCUUGCCUCAAUCCAAGGCCUUCAAGACGGCCCCUAAUGAGAUACAUCCUCAAGGCUUUGGAAAAUCCUUUAAAGGUUGUCAGGGAAGAAAAUUCUUCUUCUGAAAAGCUUAGAACUGCUUCUUCUAGAGGAUCUUGGAAUGCUGCUCUGUUUGGCAGCUGGCGCCAUAGCUCAUUGGAUGUUACAGUUAUUCCAGCCGCCUCUGCUUAUAGAGCAGAAGGAGCAAGUAGCUUGAAACAGUCGACGGGAUCACAAGGAAGUGGCCAAAGUGGCCAAACUGGUGGGGGUGAACGUUCAUCCUCCCGCAGAAGGCAUUCCAAGGAGAUAUUUCCUGAACCAUCCGAAGUACUAGAAAGACCAGAUCAUGACUAGCACAGAGGACGGGUGUUCUUGAUUCUUUGUCAAUAAUACAGCAGGCUUCCUAUUUGCUGGUUUGCUGAUACCUUGCAUGCGGCACACCCUUCUUGUUGUUGAGCUAUUGGGAUUUCAAGCCGAUUUUAUAGUCGGUGUGUUUGCAGGACAUCUAAAUUCCCUGAAGGAAGACUACUACAUAGGUGGUUCAUAAUUGUUUGAGAGCUUCUUGUUGGUAAGAACCGGCUACAAGUUGUAGCAGUAAUUGACUUUCUCUUCUAUUUUUUUUUUGUUGCCCCCGCGGGGGGGGGGGGGGGGGGGGGGGUAUGGGUUCUGGUGUCUGGGUCAUUUUUGUGGAAUGUAAAGUAUGAUUGCAAUGGCUGCUUCACUCAAAUCAGAUUCUUGCCUGUGUUCAGAAUGUGGAAAGGACCCAAAAGGACAGGAGAAAGAUUAUACUAAUUUCUAGUUUUUAAUUUUAAGGGAAGUUAUUUCCCC